UACUAUGUUUGACUGGGUGCUGCAGCGUAUUUUAAAGGAAUGUAACUGCAGAAAAUGGCCUUGGAAGGGAAAGCGAGCUGCAACGCACAUCUGGUGCGUACAUGCAAAACUAAAAAGAGGAUUAUGCCACUUUAAGCAGAUGGAUAUUUGCAAACUUCGGAAAAAAAAACUAAAGCUUAAGCUGGAUACCACCCAUAUACUCUCAUAUAGGAAGGUAGCUAUACUUGGUAUGGGUGCGGGGAAUCCAACCAGCAGUUCUUCAAGACAUACAACGGCAAUUGCUCAUCAAUCGUACAAUACAAAUUCGAAUUAGAAUUCGACGUAUGAUGGACGAAGCACUCGUAGUCCUUUGUGUCAGGAAGUAACAAAAAUCAUGCACCUAGAAAUACAACAGAAAAUAUGCUACAACAACAGAUAUUAUUGGAACGAAUUUAAUUGCAAAACUAAAACAAAACAAUAAUUUUGAUAGUCUUAUUAUUUAACAGAGUUGGUAUUAAUUCUUCCCAUGCUUUUAAUAUUGGUGGAUAAUCGCCAAAUGAUGUAGCAAGUGUAGCAGAAACAACAAAUAAUACAUAUUCAAAUUCACAAUAAAAAUCAAAAUCGCACAACGCAACUGGUCGAUUAAAUCGUAUUAUAUCGAUCUUGGACAUUUGUGUCAACAUUAACCCAACAAAAUUUUGUGGAGAUCUGUUAGCAUCCCAAACUUAUUCUCAACUGAAAAAUUCCCUUUUUGAGCCGAAUUCUCGACAUUUGCGGGGAAUUUUGCUUUUCUUUUUUAGUUCCAAAAGUGCGGCUGAGUCUCAUCGAAUGCUUUCGGAUACGUACGGUGAGGCUGUCCUAAGUGAAAAAACGCUUAAAUUUACAAAAAAACAAACGGCGGAAGUAAAGUUGUAGACCAAUAACAAUCGUAAUAGUAGUGAAAUUUAAUUUCUAUUGUAUAACAACACAAAAAAAAACAAUACUUAAAACUUUUGAGAAAUUGUAAAUUAUAAAAAUUUAAUAAUUAAUACUAACUUUAUAUGUAAAAUAGGGCUCUUAAAAUUAUUCGAUUAACCUGAAAACCGAUUAUUCGAAUAUCCGGUUUGUAACCGUUUGUACGAAUAUUAACCGGUUAGUACUAUUCGAUUAGUCGCAAUAUUACGACUAUUCGAAUAGUCGUUCUACUGCGGUUAUUCGAAUAGUUAUACUGUCACUAUUCGAAUAAAUGAAAAUUGUUUGAAAUCCAAGCAGCCUUUGAUUUUUGUUUGUUUUUACUUGUGAAAAGGUCAGUUGUGCGCAUUUUUUCUGUGUUUCACUUUUUUCAAUAAAAAUGGAAAUUGAAUGAACUUACACUAUUCCAAUAGUCGACAACGAACGGUUAACCGGAUAGUCGGAAAUGAGCGUUUAAUCGAAUAGUCGAUGUCUGACGACUAUCCGAAUAGUGCAAACCGAAUAUUAUUAUUCGAAUAAUGCCCUAUUCGGUUAAUUCGGUUAGUCGAUUAGUCAAAUACCAAGAGCUCUAAUGUAAAAUAUGUACAUAAAUUUUGUCAAUGUAUAAAUCAUA